AUGAAUGAUAAUAAAAUUCUUGCGAUGGUCCAUAAAACCUUUAAUUCUGAGCAAGUAGUAACAGAUCCUAAGGAAGAUAAUGUGCUUCCAACACCUCCAUUUGAAAAAUUGAAAAAUGUAUUGAAAAAACAAACCGAUCUCUUUGGCUAUUUUGGUGAUCAAGAUUCGCAAUAUUUAUUUGAA